AGCGAGCGAGCGGAGCACAGCUCUGCGGGCUCACAAAGCGGCCAGACGCGCGGCGGCGGCGGGUGGCAGGAGCGCAGGGACGCGAGUCCGCGAUCAGCCUUCCCGGCCACCGUGCCGCGGGAGCUCGAGCAACUCGGACGCGGGGACCCGGGCCGGCCCCAAGAUGCCGGCAAUCGCGGUGCUGGCGGCGGCCGCCGCGGCGUGGUGCUUCCUCCAAGUCGAGAGCCGGCACCUGGACGCGUUCGCCGGAGGCGCGGGCCCCAACCACGGCAAUUUCCUAGACAAUGACCAGUGGCUGAGCACCGUCUCCCAGUACGACCGGGACAAGUACUGGAACCGCUUUCGAGACGAUGAUUAUUUCAGAAACUGGAAUCCCAACAAGCCCUUUGACCAAGCCCUGGACCCAUCCAAGGACCCCUGCCUGAAGGUGAAAUGCAGCCCUCACAAAGUGUGUGUGACCCAGGACUACCAGACCGCCCUGUGUGUCAGUCGUAAGCACCUGCUCCCCAGGCAAAAGAAGGGGAACGUGGCCCACAAACACUGGGUUGGACCUUCGAAUUUGGUCAAGUGCAAGCCCUGUCCCGUGGCACAGUCAGCCAUGGUCUGCGGCUCGGAUGGCCACUCCUACACAUCCAAGUGCAAAUUGGAGUUCCAUGCUUGUUCUACUGGCAAAAGCCUCACCACCCUCUGUGAUGGGCCUUGUCCAUGUCUCCCAGAGCCCGAGCCACCAAAGCACAAGGCAGAAAGGAGUGCCUGCACAGACAAGGAGUUGCGGAACCUUGCCUCCCGGCUGAAGGACUGGUUUGGAGCUCUUCACGAGGACGCGAACAGAGUCAUCAAGCCCACCAGCUCCAACACAGCCCAAGGCAGGUUUGACACUAGCAUCCUGCCCAUCUGCAAGGACUCCCUGGGCUGGAUGUUCAACAAGUUGGACAUGAACUAUGACCUCCUGCUUGACCAUUCGGAGAUCAAUGCCAUCUACCUGGAUAAGUACGAGCCCUGUAUCAAGCCUCUUUUCAACUCUUGUGACUCCUUCAAGGAUGGCAAGCUGUCUAACAAUGAGUGGUGCUACUGCUUCCAGAAGCCUGGAGGUCUCCCUUGCCAGAAUGAAAUGAACAGAAUUCAGAAGCUGAGCAAGGGGAAAAGCCUGUUGGGGGCCUUCAUACCUCGGUGUAACGAGGAGGGCUAUUACAAAGCCACACAGUGCCAUGGCAGCACAGGGCAAUGCUGGUGUGUGGACAAAUAUGGGAAUGAGUUGGCUGGCUCCAGGAAACAGGGUGCUGUGAGCUGUGAAGAGGAGCAGGAAACCUCAGGGGAUUUUGGCAGUGGCGGCUCCGUGGUCCUGCUGGAUGACCUAGAGGAUGAACGGGAGCUGGGACCAAAGGACAAAGAGGGGAAGCUGAGGGUGCAUACCCGCGCCGUGACAGAGGAUGAUGAGGACGAGGACGACGACAAAGAGGAUGAGGUCGGGUACAUAUGGUAGUGCCCACAAGAAAGAGGACACAAGUUUUGCACAAAAUUGCAAGUCACUUCCUAUUCCUGCAUUUGUAUCUAAGACUCCAAGGCACCAAGGUCUCUUCUCCAUUGUUGCUCUCUAUACCCGACCUAAGGUUUGGAAGACAACUGCUUGUUCCCAGAGGAUUCUGAUUUUGCAUAUGUUUGUAUGGGAGAAAGGUUGUUGUGUUUUUUUGUUGUUUAUUUUUUGGAUAGGGAAAUGGCUGACUUAAUUAGAGCCUCCUUCCUUCCUGUGAGAUUUUUCCAACAAGCAUGUGAUUUAUGUGGAAUUCUGACAGUGCAGGGAGCCCCCACCCUCUUAAACGUCAAAGUCCCUUUUUGAUUACCCACACUGGUGGUUAUUACAGCAUGGUUCCCAGCCUUACAGUGUCUAAGUGCUUUUCUUGUGUCCUGUAGAUGUCGUGAAAAACAAAAAACACACCACACUGUACCUUUUCCCCCUGCCCCCAUUGCUCCCGGUGUUUAUUAUUAAAAAUUAAUUCGUUUUUUUCACAUCACUAUAUCUGGCUUCCUAUAAACAACAGCCUUAAUUCAGUCAAGACUCCCUUUGGGGAUUCAUUUUAUUAAAAAUUGGUGUCUGGAUACUUCUCUGUACAUGCAUAAAGACUGUGUGUGUGUGCCCUGCACACAUACCUCUCAGAAAAAGUGUUUGGGUAUCUUAAAAACUCACUUGAAAAACAAUGAUAAAUUUGUCAGCUUAUCCAGACCUGGAACAAAAUUUCUAGAAUAAGAAAUUUGUAUCAAAGUCUUUUUUUGCACUAACAGUUGGCUCUUGUAGCCUGCAGGCUGAGGAGGUCUCUUCUCUGUGCAUCAGCAGAGUUACUGAAAGCCUCUGAUUGAGAAAAAACCUCCGUUUGCCUAAAUCACUUUGCUCACAGAAGCCAUGUGACUCCCACACGACACGGGCAGCUUCACAAGCCAUCUCUUUCAUUUCUGCUUGAAGCCCCCUUGGCUGCAGCAAUCCUGUAUGCCAUAGGUUCCUUUCUUCCUUACCUACUCAAGGGCUUUUUCUAAGGCAUGCACACGUAUCCCCUGUUCUCUGAGAAGAGAGUACUAUGGUGUUCCUUAAGAGAAGAAAAUUUCUAAUUCUGAACUCAACGUUUUGCUUUUACUCCCUUUCUAUUGACAAAUCAUGAUAAGGGCACAAAAGCUGUACAGAUUUUUUUUUUAACCACUCAAUCCCAAAUGGAGGCCUACAAAGAAUGUCAUAAUAGCACAUGGAAGCAAACCCUGGGUUUUUAAGAGCAAAUUCUGUCCCCCUCUCACUCCCCACAAAUGACAAGAUACUAACGAAGAAAGUUCUUCACCAUACUGUUUGUUUUAACUAAACUCACUGGAGUCUAGUUCCAAAUGUGGUAGGGUCAUCAUCCCUACAUUCCUUAGGAUUUCUCUCCCUAUCAAGCUGGCCCAGAUACAAGUACCAAACAGUAGUCUCUGAAGUUCCCCCAUUUCCUUCAGUACCAGUCUGUAAGCUCCUGCUCCAUCUGGUUUUCAUCUACCAGGAUGCCCUCAUCAGACUCAACCACCCAAGCAAGCCUUUCUGGCCCACAUGUCUAUCUCUUGCCUUCCCCAUCAACUUCAGCCUGUCCACACAAAAGCCACGUAAACCUCCAUCUGACCAAUCCUCCAUCCCAGAUUGACCAUUUGGAUGUACCAACUCACCUUAAAUUAGCAUGUUCCAAUCCUUGCAUUGGCUGAAUAAAGUGGCAUCAUACCUACAGUUGGUUUUAGAUAGGAAACGAACUACUUGAUAUAGCAAAGUCCUUUGGCUUUGUAAAUAACCCUGAGGUUUUGUACUUACUUUCCCCAUAGGAAGACAGAUCAUAGGCAAACUCUGUAUUGGGAUCUCAACUCCAUCACCUUUGUUUCAAUAUUCUUUUCUGUCUUGAACAAAACUGAGAUAAUUUAGAAAACAGGUGCUUAAUUGUAACAAAAUUACUAUAAAGUAUAUUAAAAAUCAAGACAUUAUAAAAUCUCAGUUUAGAUCACCAAAGAAAAUCAUUGUUACUAUCUGCUUUGCGCUUAGGAAAAUGUACAAGAAAAGAGAUUAAAAUUGAAAAAUUGAUUUCACUUAGAAAAACUUCUAGGAACAGGGUGAACCACUGAUUUUAAUUUGCCUAAUUAUCUUAUGACAAGUAUCAAAUUAAGAUGACACUUAAAGAUCCUUAGCAUUAACUUGAUGGAGAAGAGAGCUCAAUAGACAAUUCCCAGUAAGGCAAUGAGAUGCCAUUUUCAGAGACAUUCUAAGAAGAUAUUUUGAUUCAUCAAAAUAUUAAAUAAAAAGCCCUCAUCAGACUGGAACCCCCAAAUCGAUGGAGCCACAUUAGUAAUACUUUUCAUGCCUCACUUUGACAUGACAGCAUUAGAUUUUUAAAAGAUCUUUAAUAUUUUCCACGAGUACUAAAGAUUAUAAUGAGUUACCUUAUGCUUAGAAGUAGAAUGUUUGCUUUCUUCUUUUUGGAAAUAGUCCUCCGAAAAGUCCACUUGUAGUAGUGACAAGGAGUCACUUGUACAGUGACCAAGUACACAUAAAAUCCUGAUUAUAAAAAUAAUAUGGCGAUAAACUAGUCCCUUGUUUGAUACAGGUAUUAAGCUGAAUCCUCACUAAUUCACUUUUGAAAAGUUCUUAAUGAACAGUUUUAUUCUUAUUCCACAAACAACUCUUUUAAUACAAUUUCCUUGGUAUCCAACUUAAAUCCCAGAAUUUUCUUCCACCCUGUUUAGUUGUUUGCUUAUGAAGGUAUUCUUGUUUCUACCAAUAUUCUAGGCAUAAGAAUACCUUAUUGCUGAGUUGGAGGUUUUGUAUCUCUUUCUCCUCCUUUAUGCCCAUUUUCUUACCCACAGCGGCAAAUGACAAUGUGUCUGUCCAGGUCUGCCCCCACUGCUCAUCCCAGGAUGCCACCCGCAUUUUUUUCUUGUUACCUUGACCACACUGUACAGUAACAUCCAAAAGCCCGUUCUACAGUGGGUGGUUUUGGUCUUUUUAUAACUUUUUCUCAAAGUCACUGAUGUUUGUCCCUGUUAAAUGUAUAGCAUUGUAAUGAGAGCCCAUCAAAUCCUGAGUGUCAGUUUGUUGUCCCUAUUGUAGAUGAAAUAGUGACAUAGCAAAAACCUAGUAAAUUCUGAAUGCUUUUCCACGUAGACUUAUCUGGAAUGUGAACACAACUCUUUGGUUAAUAAUAAAUGCUUAACUGUAGUCCUGAGUAGGUGCAUUUCUGUCUGUCUCAAUAAAUUUUACUUUGUCUGCAA